UCUCCUGUCCGUCCCCUGACUGCACUCAUCAUGUCCGCCCAAUCCGCAGCCAUGAACGGUGCUCCCACAUCUUCCGCUUCUCAGACAAAUUCAAAUCCUUCUAAGCCGCAGUUCAAGACGAAUUCUAUCGGAAAGACUCUGGACGGUGCCCGUAAGCAGGCCGCAAGCCCCGUGGACGCCUCGAGAUCUCCCGCUCCCAAGGCCUGGUCUCAGGGCACCAACCCCAUUACACAACGCUCCAAUACUUCCUCGCCCGUUACCAAUGGCCUAGCGAAUGGCAUCUCCAAAAACGCCCAGUCCAAACCCCAGCAAGAGAAUGGCACUUCAAACAAGCAUGCUACAGACAGAUUUCUGUUCCUGAUCGCAAACUUCGCUGGUAUGGAAGCUGCCAUCUUCCUCAAGACUGGAGAAAGGUUCAGCGGUGUCUUUUGUGGUGCUUCUACCGGAUCUGCUGAUCCUCGUUUCACUCUGAAGUUUACCAAGAAGACGAGCCAGCAGGUCAAUGGCACGACUGACCAGUCUGACGCAUACGUUGGUGACGGCGAAGACCACGUCAUGGCCUUCAGCCUCCAAGAUGUUGUGGACCUCUCGGUCAACAGCCUGUACUUGGCUGCUUCGGAAACAAGAGCUCAACAAUCCAAUGCGCCUGCCUUCCGUACCGAUGUCGAGAUCUCAGGCAACCUCAACAUUCGCGAGCGCGAGCUUCAGCCGUGGCAGCCCAGUGCUGACACCGCUAUCAACAUGUCACUUGAAGAUAACUCGCGUCCGGGAGAAUGGGACCAGUUCGCUGCCAACGAAGCCCUCUACAAUGUUAGAAGCGACUACGACGAGAACCUCUAUACCACUGCCAUCGACAGAUCUGAUCCGGAUUACAAACGCAAGGCAGCUGAAGCUGAGAGAAUCGCCCGCGAGAUUGAACGUAGUGCUCCUGUCAACUCCCACGUCGCUGAGGAACGUCGCAUGAACGCCGAGAAGGAUGGUGGCUUGGACGAGGAAGAGAAAUACAGUGGUGUUCGUCGCGAGACCAACAUCACCUCGCUUCUGAAACAAGGUGCACCCAACGCCUACGUCCCUCCCUCACGAAGACCGAUCACCAGUCAGCCCACUGUACCAGGUGCUCCCUUCGACCCAGCUAUCGUCUCGGUCGCACGUCCCAGCCCAUCUACAGCCACAAACUCUGACAGCCAGGCUGCUUUGUCUAANGCAACAAGAGCAGAAAUCACAGGAGCCAAAAGAUGCUCAAACUCCCGCAGCAGCCGUUCCCUCUUUGCCAACCGUGACAGCUCCUUCCGGGAAGCUUCAGCCGCCGCUGCUAAGCCUGCCACGACCACCGCUGCGUCUACCUCAAAGCCAAUACCCUCGAUCAACGCUGGCAAAGGUGCUACUGAAGGUGUUGAGCGUAAGGUGUUGGAUUCGUUCAAGCAGUUCUCUAACACCGAGAAGCUCCGCGUUCAGCAGCACCAACGUGUUGUGCAAGAGCGUCAACGCGCCAGUGCUCGUCAAGAGAAAUCUGUCAAGCUCAACGACCUUAAGAAGUUUGCCGAAAAUUUCAAGCUUUACUCACGCGUCCCUGAAGAUCUCGUGCCUAUCCUUGCCAAGACAAAGGAGAAGCAGAACCUCAUCGUCACAAAGGCAGAGCUGCAGGCGCGUGAGAAGGAGUCAAAGGUCACAUCCGCUGAAGCCAGCCCUGCUCGCAUCGCACCUCCCAAGCCUGAAGUCACUUCUGAAGUUAGCCAAGCACAGCCUGCAAGCCAACCUGCGAGACGUCCUGAAGCCACCAACGAACCUGGCUCUCCACUGAGUCAGAGACAGCGCAUGACUCAGAACAUGAGACAAACCCAAGCCAUACCUCCACGCGGACCUGGCAUGUCGCACGGCGCUCAACCCAGACCGAAUCAGCAGUACAGAGCUCCCAUGGCUAACAUGCAGGUCCCCACUCCUAUCCCUCCUCCAGAGAUCCGUUCCCCUCCCACCGGACCUGCCUCUCGCGAGAUUACGAGUCCUUCUACCGCCUCAGCCAGGCUCAACGUCAAGGCUAUGGAGUUCAGACCUAAUCCCUCAGCAAGUACUUUCACUCCUACAUCACCCACCAAGGCAAGUCCUCAGCCUGCCAAGCGUUCCAGCAUUUCUGCUGCAUCGCCGGCCAAAUUCUUCGCUCGCAAAAGCGAAAAGCCCUUGUCUGAACGUACUCCNCUCAAAGAUGCCUUUAAUCCCGUCAAAUACAUGCUCGAGACUACUGCGGCUGAGGGCAAGACCGAAACCUUUGCCUCGAAUGGAGGAAUUCCACAAGCUUUCCGCACUCCACCAACAUGGGAGGUCGCUGAUGCCAACAAAGAAAAGACGUACCGUGAUAUGUUUGCUCAGAGCCCAGUCGCUGCUAUACCACCUAUGCACACUCCUACCAACAGUGUCAUGGCACACUCUCAUCAACUUCCUCCUCAUCUGCAAAACGGCCCUCCCGCCAACCAGACUCCUCGCUUCUACCCUCCUCAACCUCAUCACCCUGGCCCACACUACGACGAACACCGCAUGCAGUAUGGUUCAAACACUCCUUCCGUACAACCAUCUCCUCGCCUGCCUCAUGCAAUGGCCUAUGGCGGCCCGCAGAUGCACCCGCAAAUGCAGCACUUCCCUGCAGGCAUGCCUCCCUAUGGCAUGAUGCGUCCUCAGCAGUACGGAAGCCAGCAGGGUCCUCCCAUGGGUGGUCACAUGAUGGUACAGCAAUCGUCUAAUGGACCCUUCAUGAACGGAGCCAUGGCUCAGCAGGUACCAAUGUAUGCCUCUCCUGUUCCCGGUCACGUACAGNNCCCCACUUCCCCGGCCAUCCCGCCGGUCAACCUGGUCCCGAUGUAUAUGCAAAUGCCACCCACUGCGCCCAUGAUGAUGCAGCAGCAUCCUGGACAAAUGCAGCAAAUGAGAAACUUCCCGCAGGGUCAAUACCCAGGUGGCCCUCAGGGCCAACACGGCUACCCCAUGCAGCACCGUGCCAUGUCGAACCAGGGAUACAACCACAACCAAAUGACAACUCGUCAACACCAUGCAGCUCCCCAACAAGGCCCUAGUCCCGGUGUGCCACCGAUGCAUGCCGCUGGUCCAGGAGACGAGGGCAAAUGA